AUGGCUUUUGUCGUCGAGACGCGAACAGGAUUGCCACCACUGGGGCUGGCUCCGAAUUUGAAGGACCUCGCCAAGGAAGAGGUCCCCACCCGCAGCAGACGUCAUACAAUGGGCCUCGGUAUCACCGCAAUCUUCGACAUCAGUGACCUGAGCAAGGGCCUUGUCAUCCGGUGGUACGUCUGGCUACUCCUUGGCUGCAGUUUGGUCCUGCCCACCGUCGUUGGCGGGCUUGGCUGGGGUGAAUGGAAGGGCAGAUCAUUCUUCGCGGGUGUGGCUCAUUUGUGCUUUGUUCGCCACUCAACUUCCUGCGCCAACUCGCUCGCACACCGGCUCGGCGAGACUCCCGUCGUCGACGACAAAAAUACGCCGCGCGUCCGCUUCGUUACCACGCUCGUCGCCGUUGGCGAGAGCUACCACAACUUCCGUCACCAGUUCCCGAUGGACUACCGGACUAGGCCUGGCGAGCGAUCUGAAGGUCUUUCCGAGAACGAAGUGAACAAGGACCAGCCGACGAUGGGGCCGAAGCGGCUGUGGGCGAUGCAGGACGGCCUUGCGUGGGCAACAGACGUCCAGGAACUGUCAGUGGAACAACUGGCCGAACUCUCACUCAUCGUCAUCGCGGGCUUCAUUCGCGGCGUCGCUGACGAACACCUCGUUACUGUCUUUGAGGCGCGUCGAGAUCCUGCCAGCCUAGAACAAGUACGAUCGCACUGGCGUAGUGGCCCCGGGUUGCGCGGUACAACGAGCUUUGUGAGUCGCCGUGAUGCCGAACAACGAGGGCAUCCUCGACCGAGCGUCGUCCGCAAGUUUGUGGUUUUCGGUUACCUUUUGAUGACGAGGCGCGUCGACAAGUACAUGGAAGUAUUUGAUAGAGCGAGGGAGAACUGGAAGGCGAACGAGUUGUAA